UUUUUCUUCAUCUGGUUAAAUACAGGGAAGCAUCCUGUAAAACAAUGGCUAUCCGUCUUCCUCGUAUUAUUCAAGCUGAGCAAAUUCUUAGGUGCUCUGUAUUGACAUUUAAUGCUGCCAUUUCAGCUUCUGUAGAUGUUCCAAGCGGCUAUUUAGCGGUUUAUGUUGGAGAAAGUGAAGAGAAGCAAUUUAUAAUUCACGUUGCUUACCUGAAUGAGCCUGCAUUCCAAGAGUUACUAACAUGGUUCGAAAUAUUGACCGAUUCCAAUAUGAAUCGGUCGAGUCGUAACUGGACCAAAGGGACUGAUGUAAAACAAUCGAGACCACGACACAGCUACGACCCACAAUGGCGAACCACGGUUACUAAGCCAAGAUGAGGAAGAAUUUGGUUGUGAUCAUCCAAUGGGUGGUUUGACAAUCCCCUGCAGAGAAGACAUAUUCAUCAACCUCACUUCUCGCUUGGGCAGAAGUUUGAGUUAGCUGAGCUGGCACGCAUUAAUAGACAAUACUUGUAAUUAGUUGGUAUAAGAAAGCACAAAUUUUGUAAUGUAGAGCAAGCAGAUUGAUUUUGUACAGUUGCCUUUAAAUGA